AUGCGACGUGACACUAGCGGAUGUGCCGCGGCGGCGGCUGCUCUAGGCGAGUUUUCGAGCUCGCUCCCAGAAGCUGUCCACGUCAGCGACUAUGUCCUCCAUGAAUCGGAUCUAGCGAUCGUCGACGGGAAGCGCGAGGAGAUUAAAGCCCAACCAAAUACGUCUCUAGUCAUCUUGAACUUCAAGCUCCCGGCUUUCACGCCGAUUCUCUGGCAGCAAGCGGGGUCGCUGCGGCUGUGCGCGGAUGGCGGAGUGAACCGCCUGUACGACGAGCUUCCAGGAAUGUUCCCGGGGGAGGACCCUGAUGACGUCAGACGAAGGUUCGUGCCGCACAUAAUCAAGGGCGAUUUGGACUCGGCGCGCCCCCAAGUGCUCGCCUUCUACAAGCAGCUCGGCGCGGAGAUAGUGGAUAUGAGCAAGGACCAGGACACCACGGACCUGCACAAGUGCAUCAACAGGAUUCUGCUCGACACCGGCCACUCCAGCUCCGUCACUCCCUCUGCCAUCCCUCCUCCCACACCUUCUCCCCCUCCCCUCUCCGAAUCCACUGCUGCUACCCAAACCCCUUCCACCACUGCCAACUCCAACAACACGGGAUCUACAGACAAUGCUGCUCUAUACCCAGAAUCUUCGUCUCUUUCGCUUGAUUCCGCACCUGAAACACACUUUUCGGGACUUGCCCAACAACCACACAAUAGAAUCCUCUCCCAACCUGAACCCAAACCUGAACCUCCUGCUUUGCCUCGGCCGGACCAACCACAGCCCCAAGCCCUCCUCCCAGCAAAGGUGGUUCGGCCGGACCAGAGGGUGAUAGUGGUGGGGUCGCUGGGCGGCCGCAUGGACCACGAGUUCGGGAACGUGAACGUGCUCCACCGGUUCCGCCACGUCAGCAUCGUGCUGCUGUCAGAGGACUGCCAGCUGUUCCUGCUACCAGCUGGCUGGCGCCACGUCAUCACGCCUCACCCGCGGUGGGAGGGGCCGCACUGCGGGUUGAUCCCUGUGGGCGAGCCUUCGCAUGGAACAACGACGACUGGGCUGAGAUGGAAUCUAUGUGAGUGGUGUGAAGGGGUGUGUAGUGGUCUGAGUUGUGCACCUGUUGUCGCAGCUGUAGCAGCAGGAGGGGUUGCACUGCGGGCCGACGUCCUCCAUGGCCGUAGUCGUACCAUCGACGACACUUGGCACGGUAGCACCCAUCAUGCGACGGAUCAUCCUUCGCGUGAUGAUGAUGCGACUGAUCAUUCUUCGCGUGAUGAUGAUGCGAGCGACAGCGACAGCACCGGCGAUAAUCGGAGGCAACUGCAGAUGGUGGGACACGUGAAGGCAUUUGAAACCCAGCUGCAGUACUACGUCCCUCUCCCCGUCAGGAACCAUCCAGAGAGAACCAAUCUCUUCAUCGAACCCCUCGGAUUCGCCUACAACUCCUCCAACCGGCCAAUCGUGCUGCUACAGUACCACGAGCACGACACGCAUUGGGGAACCCUCGCCCACUGCCACGGCGACACGUGUCCCACCCUAACCUCCUGCGGUCCGGCCUUCCCGAACCUCCGGGCCUGCUGGAACCCGGACCUGGUCGACCCGGACCGAGUUUUCCUUGACCCGCCCGUGAACUGCCCAAAAAGAAACGCCACGGCGGGGUUGGAUCCGCACACGCGGAAGCAUAUAUCGGAUGGGUACGACGAGACGUGCUCGCACAGGGAGGAUUUCAACCCGCGGGACGCCAUGGCGCUGCAGAUGUUUGAGGUGAAGGGCGCGUAUGUGACGGACAAGGGCUACGUGUUCAACCGCACGCACCGAUUCGUGCGGCCCGGCUGUGGCAGGUUCAACGAGAUAUCCUUUACACCACAGCAGCAGGUGCAUGUACUACCAGCGGCCUUCACGUGGAGCAACUCGUACGGAUUCAACUUCUACCACUUUGUCGCCGAAACCAUGCCGCUGCUCCUCGUUGCUGCGCCGCUGCUACCGCGCAUCAUGCCCUCCACCCCCAUCCUCGCCAGCCGCAUGCAGUGGGAGGUGUACAAGCAGUUCGGAGAGGCCCUCAUAGGCAUCAAAUACGAGGACAUGCGCGUGCUGCCUCUCGUAGCCCAAGAUCUCUUCUUCGUCGAAACCCUCUACGAGCCAAUCGCCCAAACCUGUGGCAACCCCUCCAAGGCUCUCUGGCAGUCCCUCAGGCGCACCCACCUGCUGCACCCACGCGGUCUGCCUCUCUUCCGCCCCGACUGGUCCUACCAGCCACCACCGCCGCUGUCGCCCCAGCAGGCGCAGGAGCUGCCACCCGACUGGGUGGUGGUGCUGGCCAAGCGACCCGCAAAGAGGCGAUCCAUUAGUAACUUUGUGGAGGUGGAGGAGGUGGUGGAGAGGGCGUUUCCGAAUGAGAGGAUUGUGAAGUUCACCGGCUCGCUGUCUGUGCUGGAAGGCCACGGGGCAGCACUCGCCAACCUCGUCUCCCUCCUCCCUGUCACGUCCCCUUCCCCUCCCACCCCUUCCUGCCUCUCCCUCGCUGCAGCUCGAGAGUUGUUUCAGCGCACGCGUCUCUUCGUAGCAGGCCAUGGAGCAGCACUCACCAACCUCAUCUUCAUGCCAGAAAAGGCCUCCGUUCUGGAAAUCAGACCAGAUGGAUGCCCUGUGGUCUGUUACAAUCAUCUAGCGUAUGCGUCGUCGCUCGUCUACCAUCUCGUGUUUAGCCAUGGCGGGUGUUAUGAUACCACUGCCGCUCCGUUGUAUUUCCCCCCUUUCGCUCCUUUCCCCUCCCCCUUACGUUGUCCCCUUCUUGCCCCUCCCUCCCGCCAUCUUCCCCCAACAUCCUCCCGCCUCCUCUUCCCCCCCCACCUCCAUUUCCCGUUUGUCCCCGCAUUCUUUCUUUCCGAGCGUAUCUGUCAUCAUCGCGGCCAGUCCCCUGACGUCGCCCGUUGCCGCCUCUGCCGCCGUCCUCUGAGUGGUGGACUCGCAGAUGCGUAUCUCUACGCGCACCUCGUAGACGGCGAGUCCCUAUCGUCACUCUCCCUCACUCUCUCUCCCCCAUCGUCCCCCUCGUGCCCUCACGGACGCGCAGAUGCGUAUCUCUACGCGCACCUCGUAGACGGCGAGUCGCGAGCCGUCGUCUACCUCCACGUCAACUUCGAUUCCGCCACCGCCACCAUCCAAGCGACCUACAAGAUCUUCGCAGCUCUCCCCGUCGCCCCGCCCGUCUACAUCACGCUGGCAGGCACAACCGUCCCCGGAUGCGACCCGCUCAGGUGCAGCCUGCCCCCGGGCAACCCCACGUGGGUGCAGCCCGUGCCGUCCGUGUGGCAGGCAAUCGGCACCUUCACCAGCAGCCCUGUGAGCGACCCCGAGCGCUACGGCGCGCUGCUGCAGCUGAUAGACAACUCGCUGGUGUUCCCCGGGGUGGUCAUGGCGUACAAGGACGCGCAGGGCGCCAUGCGCCCCGUGAUGGCGCAGCUUCGCGCGGACGCCACACGGAAGUUUCUGGAAGUGGGUCCCAUUCCAGCAUACGUGCCGAGCCCGCAAUACGUGGUUCGCUUCCUCUCCUACAUGCCAGGCGGUGCCAACAUCUCCCUCUCACAGUCUGCCGAUGGGCUGUCCUUCCAGGCGAGCUUCGCUCUUGCCGUGGUCGUGCCCUCAGAGGAGCCCAUCACCGUCUUCCUCAACGUCAACCUGCUUGAUGCCCUGCCACCAACCCACUUGCCCCCUGCCGGGGGCUUUGCGGGGUUGACCCCGGAGGCGCUUGCGGCCAGUGAUGGGUACAAUGCGUUGGUGGCGCUUAUGCAGUAUGCGGCGACGGGUGUGAAAGGAAGGCUGGUGAAUGCGACGAUGAAGCUCGCGGCUAUUGACCAGCCCAAUGGACCCAACGACCUCCUGCAACGUGCUUAG